UUCCCUUUUAAUAAUUUUAUAUACUGUUUAACUCUCUUUCUAAAGUACUUUUUAUCUUUUAAUUACUCUACUUAUACACUAUUAGUCUCUAGCCAGUAUUUAGCUUUAGAAGAAAUUUACCUCCUAUUUAGAGCUAUAUUCCCAAACAACUCAACUUGUCAAAGGGGCUUUAUACGGUAA